UGUAUUUCGCGCCUUUGUGUGGCAGAAAAGUUAACUAGCUAACACGCAGCACACUUUUAAAGCACUUACAACAUAUGCUAAGUUUCUACAUAAAAAAAGUAAAAGUUUCGGGGAGAAAUUUAAUGAAUUUGAGGCUUUUCAGUGGAGGAAGUCACAAUGGCGAGAAGAACCUCAAGAAAUGUCGAUAUGAACAUUUCUACAUUGAAGUCCCAACAUUACAAGCUGACUCAUCUUCGACCCCGUCCACACAGAACCAUCGUGACACGCAGCCAGUGCGACACUAUCGUCUGCUCCUUCCACAGGCUGCCCUCUGAAGUGUUUGACAUGAUCCUGGAUAAACUGUCUGUGUUGGAGAUCAGUGUGUUCGGCAUGGUUUCCAAAGAUAUGACAAGAUAUGUUGUGGAUUACAUCUCCACUGUGGCCUGGAAGAACAAAGUGAUCAUUCAAAACUUUCACUACCUCACCUGCCUUGAAAGGAGGUCCUGUAUUGGACAAUACAGAGACCUAGGUUUGUUGUUCAAGAGAUGUACCCUGCUGUUGCCGACAAAGGAGAGGUUGAAGAUUAUCUUUAGCAGGUUCUCACAGAUUCCCUGCUUUAUGUUGGAGCAGUGUUUGGCACAAGUCUGCAUUGGUUUCUCCUGCUAUGGGGUCUUUCUCCAGACUCUGAUAGCUGGCUGGGAUGAGUUGGAGUGCCACAGAGUGUUCAACUUUCUGUGCGAACACACAAAUCUGAUGCAAAAAAUGGAAGCAGUCAUCAACGGGAAGCCAGGGGUGAGGUGGUACCAGGAGCUGCAGCUCCGUCUCUUCUGCCGCCAGGUUCUCUUGGAUCCCUGGCCGAACCAGCCAGAGUGUCAGUUUUGGCUAAUGCAACUCCUGAAGCCCUGGCCUUUGGUGAACCAGGCACACUUACUGUUCAUCUUCUAUGGACCUCUGCUGCCUGAGGGUACCCUUGGAUGGCAGGGUCUAGUUGAGAGGGGGCUUCCUCACACCAGUCUGUGGGAACUUGCCAGGGCUGUCCUCCUGCUUUCGGGCACAACAGAGUUUGUGAGGCAGACCUCCAGUUCAUUACUGGCGAUCCUGGAGGAACUGACUGCCAUUCCUCGGCCGUGGCACGUGGAGAAUGUGGCUCGUCUCUUGGUGCUGUGUGGCAGCGGUCUCUGCUACAGUGUUCUGGCCAGCAAGGCUGUCAACGGACGACUUCUUGAGAUCUCACAACUCCUGGUGUACAUUAUACUGGUGUGUGAGAAGGACGGCUAUCACAUGACCUGGGUGGUGAAGUUGGUGCAGCAGGUCUGCAAGAUCUUCAGCACACCUGCUGAAAAGUUCUGCUUCAUCCAGCAGCUGGAAAACACGCUCUCUGAAGUCACCAGGGAGUUUUUGGAGUUUUCUGUUGCAGGAAAUCAUCUUGACGACAGAGAGGCUUUCCAGACCCUGUGUUUCCUGUUGGACUCCAGUGCUCACUUCCACACCAAAUUCCUCCACAUGCUUCUCAAAUAGUAAGUUGGUAGGUUAGGAGUCACAAGAAAUGGAACAAAGAAGAGGAGAAGGGAAGAAGCUAUGAACUGAAAACAAGGAGUCAAUGAGUUUGACAACAGUAUGUAGGUCAAACAGGAGGUGGAGACAGGCCUCAACAUGUUGAAAUUGGUUUACAGCUCACUAUUGGCUGUAUACAACACUUCAUACGUCUGUUACAAGUAGAGCUGUUAAUUGGCUUUCAUUGAGCACCAUGCAUAUUUUGCUCAAAGUUUAAACCCUGUUCAUCACAAACAUCCUGCAUGAUAUUUUUUGUAAACAGAAUAUAGUAUUCAUUCAUUCACAGACAAUAUUUAUUGACACUAUUUAUAAAACUUUCUGAUAUUCAUUUGUAUUGAUCUCUUUGUAUUAUAGUUGUGAUGUGAUGAUGUCAUUUUUAAACAAUCUAUUAAAUUUGUAUAUUUAUUGUA